AUGUCUUUUUCAUUGAAUUCAUGGAGCUUUGGGUUUGUUCUCAUGGCUCUAACGGAACUGACAAUCAUCGGCAGACCCUGUUUAGCUGCGUACCGGCCGAGCCCUUGGGCGCUGGCUCAUGUUACCUUUUACGGGGACGAAACCGCCUCCGAGACUAUGGGGGGAGCUUGUGGUUAUGGGAAUUUGUUCAGCAGUGGUUACGGUACGGACACGGCUGCUCUGAGCACGACGUUGUUCAACAACGGGUUCGCUUGCGGGACUUGUUAUCAGAUAAAGUGUGUGCAGUCCAAGUGGUGCUACCCUACGGUUAAGUUCACCACCGUUACGGCGACCAACCUUUGCCCUCCGAAUUGGGCCGAGGACUCCAACAACGGUGGGUGGUGCAACCCUCCUCGAGUCCACUUCGACAUGUCGAAGCCCGCUUUCAUGAAAAUUGCUCAGUGGAAGGCCGGUAUUGUCCCCGUCAUGUACCGGAGGGUACCGUGUGUAACGAAAGGGGGGUUUCGGUUUAAGUUCCAAGGGAACGGGUACUGGUUGUUGGUGUAUGUGAUGAACGUAGGCGGCGGCGGCGACAUUGCGAAAAUGUGGGUUAAAGGAAGCAAAACAGGGUGGAUUAGCAUGAGCCAUAACUGGGGAGCUUCUUAUCAAGCAUUUGCAACUCUUAGAGGCCAAUCUCUCUCUUUCAAGAUCACUUCAUACACGACCAAGGAGACUAUCAUAUGCUGGAAUGUUGCACCUGCAAACUGGAAUAUAGGCCUGACUUACAGCACAGAUGUGAACUUCCAUUAA